UCUAGCAUUCAAACUCAGCCAACAUUCUUUGAUUCUUUCAUUUGAUCCUUUUAGCUGUUACAGAGAGCUCUGUAGCAGGCCAAAAAUGGCGGCAGCAGUGGCGCGAGACGACCUGAUCACGCGGUCCAUGAGCCGCAAGGCGAGCUUUGCCUCGGCCAGCACCAAAAGCUGGGCUUCCGCCAGCUUCCGGGAGGCGUUUGGAGCUCAGGGAGGCGACGUCUUCCAGAAAAGUGGGAGGCGAGACGACGAGGAGGAGCUCAAGUGGGCUGCCAUUGAGAGGCUCCCUACCUAUGAUCGGAUGAGGAAAGGGAUAUUGAAGCAAGUGUUGGACAAUGGCAAUGUGAUCCAUGAAGAAAUCGAUUUCGAUAAUUUAGGAGUGAACAACAAGAAGCAGAUCAUGGACACCAUGUUGAAGGCUUUGGAAGAAGAUAAUGAGAGGCUGCUUCUGCGGCUUAGGGAGAGAAUCGAUAGGGUUGGGAUCAAUGUGCCAAAAUGUGAGGUCAGAUUUGAGCAUUUGUCUGUUGAAGGAGAUGCAUUUGCUGGAGGCAGAGCUCUUCCCACUCUUUACAACUCGACUAUAAACGCGGUCGAGGGAAUUCUUGGUUUCUUGAGGCUUUUCCCAUCUAAAAAGAAGACAGUUAGGAUACUAACUGAUGUUUCUGGGAUAGUGAGGCCAUCAAGGUUGACACUUCUUUUAGGCCCUCCGAGCUCUGGCAAGACGACGUUGCUGAAGGCGCUUGCCGGGAAGCUAGAGCAAGAUCUAAGGGAGAGUGGGAAGGUCACCUACUGUGGCCAUGAGCUGAGGGAAUUCAUUCCUCAGAGAACUUGUGCAUACAUAAGCCAGCAUGAUCUUCACCAUGGGGAGAUGACAGUGAGGGAGACCUUGGACUUCUCGAGCCGUUGCUUUGGCGUUGGGGCGAGGUACGAGCUCCUAGCAGAACUUUCUAGAAGGGAGAAGGAUGCAGGCAUCAAACCAGAUCCUGAGAUAGAUGCCUUCAUGAAAGCCAUUGCUGUUUCUGGGCAGAGGACUAGUUUGGUCACAGAUUCUGUGCUUAAGGUUCUUGGGAUUGAUAUAUGUGCUGAUACAAUGGUUGGUGAUGAGAUGAGGAGAGGCAUCUCCGGUGGCCAGAAGAAGCGCGUGACGACUGGAGAGAUGUUGGUUGGCCCUGCAAAGGUGUUCUUGAUGGAUGAAAUCUCCACCGGUUUAGACAGCUCCACGACGUUUCAGAUCAUCAAAUACAUGAAGCAAAUGGUUCACAUCAUGGAUAUAACCAUGAUCAUCUCCCUCCUCCAACCUGCCCCUGAAACAUUUGAGCUCUUUGAUGACAUAAUCCUGCUUUCAGAAGGCCAGGUCGUGUACCAAGGCCCACGCGAGCACGUGCUCGGCUUCUUCGAGAGCGUAGGCUUCCGUUGCCCGGAGAGGAAAGGAGUAGCCGAUUUCCUACAAGAAGUCACCUCCAAGAAGGAUCAAGAGCAAUACUGGUCAAGGAAGAAUGUGCCUUACACAUAUGUCUCAGAUUCCGACUUCGCCUCACGCUUUGAGUCCUCCCACGUCGGGCAGAGCGUACUUGGGGAGCUCCGGGUGCCAUACGACAGGAGCAGAGUCCAUCCGGCCGCGUUGGUGAAGGAGAAAUACGGCAUCUCCAACAAGGACCUGUUUAAGGCAUGCCUGUCAAGGGAGUGGCUCCUGAUGAAGAGGAAUUCCUUUGUCUACAUCUUCAAGACGACGCAGAUCACGAUCAUGGCGCUCUUCACCUUCACCGUGUUCUUCAGAACGCAGAUGAAGCACGGCCACAUAGACGAUGGGGGCAAGUUCUACGGCGCCCUGUUCUUCAGCCUCAUCAAUGUCAUGUUCAAUGGGAUGGCUGAGCUUGCGAUGACCAUUUUUAGGCUCCCCGUGUUUUUUAAGCAACGAGACGCGUUGUUUUACCCGGCUUGGGCUUUCGCCCUCCCCAUCUGGCUCCUGAGGCUCCCCAUCUCGGUGUUGGAGUCCGGGAUUUGGAUCGUCCUCACGUACUACACCGUGGGAUAUGCACCUUCUGCUAGUAGAUUCUUCAUGCAGUUCUUGGCGUUUGUGGGAAUUCAUCAGAUGGCAUUAGGCCUCUUUCGUUUCAUAGCUGCGCUUGGGAGAACUCAGGUUGUUGCAAACACUCUUGGAACCUUCACAUUGCUGCUGGUGUUUGUGCUUGGUGGAUUCAUCAUUGCCAAAGAUGAUCUUCAACCAUGGAUGAGAUGGGCUUACUAUCUCUCUCCCAUGUCGUAUGGCCAAAACGCGAUCGUCAUAGUAGAAUUUCUCGAUCCUAGAUGGUCUGCGAAAAACGACGAUGAAAGAUUUGCUGGAAGAACUGUUGGGGAAGAGCUCUUGGCUGGAAGGGGAAUGUUUACAGAGCAACAUUGGUAUUGGAUUUGUGUUCUUGCACUCUUUGGAUUCUCCCUCUUCUUCAACCUCUGCUUUGUUGCUGCACUCACAUUCCUAAAACCAUUGGGAGAUUCAAAAUCUGGUGGUUCAAUCUUGGAGGAUGAAACCAAGAACAACAAAACUAAUGACCAAACAAAUGAAGGGAGAAAUGCUCAAGAACAAGACAGCAAACGCGGAAUGGUGCUUCCCUUCAAGCCCCUGUCGCUUUCCUUUGAUCGCGUGAAUUACUACGUAGAUAUGCCUGCAGAAAUGAAAGGCGAAGGGGUUGAGGAGACGCGGCUGCAGCUGCUGAGGGACGUGAGUGGUGCUUUCAGGCCGGGAGUUUUGACGGCGCUGAUGGGAGUGAGUGGUGCCGGGAAGACCACGCUGAUGGAUGUGCUGGCUGGGAGGAAAACCGGUGGAUACAUUGAAGGGGACAUCCGAGUUUCCGGCUACCCGAAGAAUCAAGAGACGUUUGCUCGUGUGAGCGGAUACUGUGAGCAGAACGACAUCCAUUCACCACACGUCACAGUCUAUGAGUCCCUCCUCUACUCGGCCUGGCUUCGUCUCCCGGCAGAUGUCAACAAGGCAAAGCGACAGAUGUUUGUGGAGGAAGUGAUGGACUUGGUGGAGCUGAACUCGCUGAGAAACUCCCUAGUCGGGCUCCCGGGAGUCGACGGCUUAUCAACGGAGCAGAGGAAGAGGCUCACCAUUGCAGUUGAGCUAGUUGCAAAUCCAUCAAUCAUUUUCAUGGACGAGCCAACUUCGGGCUUGGAUGCCCGAGCUGCAGCCAUUGUCAUGCGCGCUGUGAGGAACACGGUCGACACGGGCAGAACCGUCGUCUGCACAAUCCAUCAGCCAAGCAUAGACAUCUUCGAAUCAUUUGAUGAGCUAUUUCUAAUGAAGAGAGGUGGGCAAGUCAUAUAUGCAGGAGCUCUAGGCAGCAACUCCCAACUUCUAGUAGAAUACUUUGAGUCUAUUUCGGGAGUGCCUCAAAACAAAGAGGGCUACAAUCCAGCUACAUGGAUGCUAGAAGUGAGCUCUGCAGCAGUUGAAUCUCAACUAGACAUGGACUUUGCAGAAAUCUUCUCCAACUCUGAUCUCAACAGGAAGAAUCUAGAACUUAUCAAGAAGCUGAGCAAUCCAGAAGCAGAAUCACAAGACCUAUUCUUCCCCACCAAAUACUCACAGCCUCUCCCAGUCCAAUUCGUCGCGUGUUUCUGGAAGCAGUACUGGUCUUACUGGAGGAAUCCGCAGUACAACGUGAUCAGAUUCUUCAUGACGACGGUCAUCGGCCUCAUCUUCGGAGUCAUCUUCUGGAACAAAGGAAGCACAAUGCAUAAACAGCAGGAUCUGCUGAAUCUUCUUGGAGCAAUGUAUGCAGCUGUGCUGUUCCUAGGUGGAACAAACACAUCUGCAGUUCAAUCUGUUGUUGCAAUAGAGAGAACUGUGUUUUACCGUGAGAGAGCUGCAGGGAUGUUCUCAGCAUUGCCUUAUGCAUUUGCACAGGUAUCUGUGGAGACGAUCUACAUCGCGGUGCAGACAUUCUUGUACAGCCUUCUUCUCUACUCGAUGAUUGGAUUCGAGUGGGGAGCAACCAAGUUCUUGUGGUUCUACUACUAUGUCUUCAUGUGCUUCGUCUACUUCACCUUCUACGGCAUGAUGCUUGUGGCUCUCACACCUAGCUACCAAAUUGCUGCAAUUCUCAUGUCUUUCUUCCUCAGCUUCUGGAAUCUCUUCUCCGGCUUCCUCAUCCCAAGAAUGUUGAUCCCGGUGUGGUGGAGGUGGUACUACUGGGGCUCCCCGGUGGCGUGGACGAUCUACGGGCUCGUGACGUCGCAGGUGGGAGACAGCAUGGAGCUUGUUCAUGUUCCCGACCAUGGCGACAUGCCUAUUAAGGACUACCUUAAAGCUUUCCUAGGUUAUGACUCCGAUUUUCUUGGAUAUGUUGCCUUGGCUCAUGUUGGAUGGGCUCUGCUGUUCUUCGCAGUCUUCGUGUAUGGCAUCAAGGUCUUGAAUUUCCAAAGGAGAUAACUAAGUUUGGAAGAGAAGGAUGAAUUGGAUUUAGUUGUGUAUAUGAUUCUAUUGUUUGUUUGCAUUUCAUGGAGGAAUUAAUAAUUGUAAGAUGAAAUGUCACUUUGAUUGCCUUCAAUGGAAAUAAAAGUGUUUCAAAAUUCCACAUUUAUUACUCCCUACGUCUCACGAAUCUUGACACGUUUGGUUUCAGCACUGGAAUUAAGGAGUUAUAGAUUAAUGUUUUAAG